CUUCUUCACGAGAAGGGAGCCGAUAUUACAGUUCCAAACAAUAAAGGAUGGACGCCACUCAAUUUGGCCUCGAACAACGGAUAUACCGACGUGGUCAAGCUUCUUCUCGAGAAGGGAGCCGAUAUCACAGUUCCAAACAAUAACGGAUGGACGCCACUCAAUUCGGCCUCGAGCGAAGGACAUAUCGACGUUGUCAAGCUUCUUCUCGAGAAGGGAGCUGAUAUCAAAGUUCCAAACAAUAAAGGAUGGACGCCACUCAAUUCGGCCUCGAGCGAAGGACAUGUCGACGUAGUCAGGCUUCUUCUCGAGAAGGGGGCCGAUAUCACAGUUCCAGACAUUGACGGAUGGACGCCACUCAAUUCGGCCUCGAGAAACGGGCAUGUCGACGUGGUCAAGCUUCUUCUCCAGAAGGGGGCCGAUAUUACAGUUCCAAACAAUCACGGAUGGACGCCACUCAAUUCGGCCUCGAGCAACGGGAAUGUUGACGUGGUCAAGCUUCUUCUU